ACAGUACACCGUGAGGCUGGAAGGUCAGUUCCGAUUGAAACGUUACGGAGAGUGGCCGUUCCUGCGUUACGUCUGUACAGUGGGUCAACGUUCGCGACACGGGGCAGUGUAUGAUGUGAGUCGUUACGGUGGUGUUUUUAUUUGGCACUUCCGUGACCAGUGAGCGUUCGAAUAGGAUCGGUACACUUGAGGAUGAAUUGGUGUUUGUGUUUAGUGAAACAGCUCAUGCUAUGGAUUCUGUACGCUUAUCAUUACAAUGAUAGAGACUCCUCUGUGCCAUGGGAUUCUCCUCCGAACAUUCAGUUGUGGUUCUUCGUGCGUGAACCCAUCGUGCAGUACGUGUAGAAGGCGACGUGUAAAAGCCCUCUUGACCUUUUGGGAGAGCAUGAUUUAGGCCCCACUACACAUACACCUGAAACGGCGUCAUCAAAUCGUAGCCUCAGUCGCUUGGUAGUCGUGUGGAAUAGAACUUUCACACCUCAUGCAAAUGAACAGACAGGGAGCCCGUGCCCGACGCUCCACAGGGAACCAUUAAAAAAUUUUGUGGCCGCUGUAUGGCAGGGAUGCCUUGUACUUCAGCGACCCUAUCAGCCCUUUGUGAGCAUGUUGCAAAGGAGCGGAACAGCAUGGAUAAGCUUGCGGAACGUCGCCAGGUGUUGUUGUGGGUUUCACUCAACACCAUAACGGAUCAUCCUUAUACAUGGUAUGGUAGCACAGGCUGAAGUUGAGGUGACGUACCCAGCAUGUGGCAACGACAGUUGGACGUUCUGUUGAUAUCGCUGGCAGUCAGGCAGGGCUGGUUAGUACUAAUACCUACAUUACCUGAUGUCAAAUUGUCGAUUCGAUGCCUUAAGCAUCAUCAUGAGCGUCACUGGGGUCCUUUUCUCGAGGAACGGGUCAACGUGACUUCCGGGGCGGCCUUGCAGGUUCGAUAUCAUUUAUCAACGGAGGCUAUCCUCAACUGUAGGGUAGGCAUGCUUAAAGAUAAAACGGUGAUGUGGAUCCGACGAACCACCGAUAAGGUAUCGUUGCUCACCGUUGGCAAUAAUACGUACAGCGGGGACCCGAGGAUAAAGGUCAAAUUUCAAUAUCCCAACAAUUGGAGGCUACAUAUCAACCCGAUCAAAUCCGACGACGCCGGCCUGUACAUGUGCCAGGUGUCGACGCAUCCGCCACGGGUGUUCGCAACGAAUCUGACCGUCUUGGAGCCCGCUGUAAGAAUAGUGGACGAGAUGGGGUACGAGUUCUCCGAUCGGUACUAUAAACUAGGCAGCACCAUCGAGAUAUCGUGCCAAGUGUCGACGUCCUAUCUGGCUACCCUUCCACCCAGCCCCAAGUCGGCUGGCCAACAACAACGCUCGAAGACUUCCCCCGUCGGUGCACCGGCAAACACGUUGGACGAGACGGCGAAAACAGGCUCCAAAGCCACUAAAGACGAUAACAAACUGUCCGACUCGACGGAAAGAGGGUUGAUUAGCUGGACCAAGGAUGGCGCCAAGCUGCCGAAGGAUGUCAAGAUGAGUUUUAGUGGCACCAAGCAGUGGCUCAUCAGCCGGAUAUCGAUUCUGCAGGCAAAUCGUGUCCACAAUGGCGUCUACAACUGCACCGUCGCCGGCAAGCAGAGCCAGGCGGCCCAGGUUCAGGUCCUGAACGGUACGUAUGCGUAAUAGGAUUACCUACUCUCCGAGCGCUCCGGGCUCAGGGCAGUGCGAUAAUGAAAAUUUUAUUGUCUUCGAAUCUUGGGCCGCUUCCGUUUGGUCGGCCGUUUUUCUCGCACAAUCACAGGUGAACUCCAGCCGCUGUGCAGCAUAAUUUUGGCCAUCGCAAAGAGGCGUCCGGACUGGUCGGUCUUCACUGCCCAUUUUGGUGUGGUACACUCUACAGUUUCGGAAGCGGUCGGUUGGGUUGGAAUUAUUUGCUACACACUCUUUGUUAACGUGUUGUGCAUCGGAUCAGCAACGUAAUGAGCAGAUUUAUUUGAAGCAAGAGAUUAAAGCCUUUUGGAGCUAAUACCUACUAAAAGACUUUACACAACUUAAGACUGACAUAUUGUACAAUAUAUGUUAUUCAUUGAAUAAAUC